CAAGAGGUUGUAAUAACAAUACCUGUUGGGAACUAUUCAAGGUUAUCACUUCAAGACACAAUACAGACACAGUUAAUACAACAAUCACCCAAUCAAUUAACAUAUUCAAUCACAUGGCCAACAUCUAAACAACCAAACACAGGUUUCAAUCAAGACAGUAUCAACAACUUUGAAAAUGGACAAUUGACGAGCACCAACGUGAUCGACUUGCAGAUUGAGAACAUCCUUUACAUUCAUUCAGACUUGUGCAGCAAUGGAUCAGAUGAUGUCCUCCAAGAGCAUAUUCAAAACAGC